AUGCAUUCUCAUACUUUUCUCGUCACCGUGCUUGGUGUUAUUGGCUUUGCGUCAGCCAUGCCCUCCAAGUACGAAGUAGCGGUUAUUCCUCGAUCGGAAAUAUCUCUUUUUGUUCGAGUUCCUCAAGCUCCGGCACCAAAGAAGGGUACUCCAACGAAGGUUGCCACAACUCCAGAAUCUUCGGACCCCCAUGACAAGUUUGAUCCCAAGGUUGUCAUUGGAGGAACAGUCCAAUGUCUUGCUGAAACAGCUCCUUCCAAGGAUGAUCAACUCAAGGCGGAAUUGGCUAUCUGUGGUGGUAUCAAGGCCCCGACUAAUAACUGCCCAGGCACGGAGCAGAAGUCCACUGGCACAUCAGGCAAGGCUCUCUGGACUCUCGAGGCAGCGGCUGGUGAGAAGAUCAAUAUCUUCAAGGGAACAUGGGAGGAAUGUUGCAAUGCCGGUCGUGCUACUUGCAAGGGCAAGGCAUUCUCGUUGCAGUGCCAGAAGGGCACGGACAAAGGUAACCCGAUCACUAUGACGCUUUCCAUCGCAUAA